AUUAUCCAGGUUGUCCCUUUUAUAUAGGGCUAUUUUCUUCUUAUUAUUAUUAUUUUGAUUAUUUAUUUAUUUUGCUGAGUCGUGCUCCCAUGUUUGUUGAAAGUAUCAUUGACAGUACUUGUCCAACGCUGCGUAAUUAUAGGACAUUACAUGACCCUGGAUUAAUCCCCCUGGAUGAAACGCGAUGACCUAGUUCUACGUGCGCCUCGUUUUCAAACCAACAGAGUGAGGAUGCGCUCGGAGCGCCGUGAAUCCCACAAGAGAGCACCGCGGAUAUAGGAUUCCAGGCAGACCUUAGGAGGCAAGAGCUACAACCAAAAUAUUUUUACGCCCCUUCUACGCCUCCCACCCAUAUGCUACCCUGCGAUUGGAGCACAGACCGGCGGAUCCAAGCGGUGGAUGCCGGGUCCUUUGUGUGCCACCGGUGUAGCCGACCUGUGGUCCCUUUACUGUCAUCCAUGCGCUACCAUCGGGCUCUCUAAACAGACCGCCCUUUCGAGCGACGUCAUUUUACAGUUUAGUAAGCGACGAAUUCAAACUGUGCACAGAUCUGUCCUCUCACAACACUGACAAGGUCAGCAUUCAAGGACUACGCUUGGAUACUUCUGCAAGAGUGAGCAGGGCCAAAGAUGCCACCCCCUGUAGGACCCCCAGCGGUGCCCCCGCCUGACGGAGGCUGGGGCUGGGCCGUCGUGGCCGGAUCCUUCAUCUCCAUCGGCUUCUCCUACGCCUUCCCCAAGGCCACCACCGUCUUCUUCAAGGACAUCCAGACCAUCUUCGACGCCUCCUACAGCCAGGUGGCGUGGAUCUCCUCCAUCAUGCUGGCUGUCAUGUACGCUGGAGGCCCCAUAAGCAGUAUAUUGGUGAACAAAUUUGGCUGCCGACCCAUCAUCAUAAUGGGAGGCAUGCUGUCUUCCUUCGCUAUGAUUCUGGCGUCCUUCUGUCAGACCGUCGUCCAGCUUUAUCUGUGUAUCGGCGUUCUGGGGGGUCUCGGCCUAGCCUUCAACCUGCAGCCUGCUCUGACCAUGAUCGGCAAGUACUUCUACAAGAAGCGGCCCAUCGCCAACGGCAUGGCCAUGGCGGGCAGCCCGGUGUUCCUCAGCACGCUGGCACCGCUCAACCAGUACCUCAUCAACUCCUUCGGCUGGCGCGGCAGCUUUCUCAUCCUCGGCGGGCUCCUGCUCAACUGCUGUGUGGCCGGGGCACUCAUGAGGCCCCUGAUGCCCCCACCCGGACAGAAGAAGAAAGACGAGGAGGCGCCGGUGCCCGCCGUCACCAGCACCGAGAAGGUGAGCUGCUUCCAGACGGUCAACAAGUACCUGGACCUGUCGCUGUUCAAGCACCGCGGCUUCCUCAUCUACCUGUCGGGCAACGUCAUCAUGUUUGUCGGCUUCUUUGCGCCCAUCGUCUUCCUGGCGCCGUACGCCAAGGACACGGGUGUGGACCAGUACUCGGCCGCCUUCCUGCUCUCCAUCCUGGCCUUCGUAGACAUGUUCGCGCGGCCCUCCAUGGGCCUGCUAGCCAACUCACGCUGGGUGCGCCCGCGCAUCCAAUACUUCUUCAGCUUCGCUGUGCUCUACAACGGCGUGUGCCACAUCCUGUGUCCGUUUGCCGAGACCUACACAGGCAUGGUGGUGUACGCCAUCUUCUUUGGCUUUGCCUUCGGGAUGGUCAGUGCUGUGCUGUUCGAGACGCUCAUGGACCUGGUCGGGGCGCAGAGGUUCUCCAGUGCUGUCGGGCUCACCACCAUCGUGGAGUGCUGCCCAGUGCUGAUUGGACCACCUCUUGCUGGCAAACUGGUGGACGUCACCGGCAACUACAAGUACAUGUACUUCUGCUGUGGCGUGGUGGUGAUCUUUGCCAGCAUCUGGCUCUUCAUCGGCAACUUCAUCAACUACCGGCUGCUGGAAAAGGAGCGCAAGGAGGCGGAGAUGUACAAUCGUGCUGAGACAGAGGACCCUGAUCGCGACCACGACGCCAAGGAGGCUGAUGGGAAUGCCACUGCUUCGGAGCCGCUGUCAGACAAACCUGACGGUGCCAUGCAGCGCGAGACCAACAUUUAGACUGGUUGGUUAUUUCUGAUAUUUUUUUUUUUUAUGAAGAGAUUUUUUUUGAAGACCACCUUCAGCCACACACACACACACACACACACAAACCCCUCUUUCUCUCUUGCUCUAUCUCUCUGAACUGUGAUUAGGGGACAGUGUGUUGUGGGUGGGUCUGGCGCAAUGUAAAACUGCCAAAGCAACAAAGGAAGAAAACGUGUGACUGUGUCAGUAAUGCUGUUAUAUAAUUAUGCUGUUAGCUCUGUUAGGGACAGGGAACCAUUUUCACACAUUUUAACUUAUUUUAACAAGUGGAACUAGGGAAGUUCUUUUUUUGUUUUGAAUAGAAGGGUCAAAUUGUGUGAACUGAAGCAAUUCCUAGACUGAUUCCCAGAAUGAUUCGCAAAUACAGAUUCCUAGAAUGACUGACAUCGAUUCUCAGAUCGAUUCUCAGAUUAAUUACCUGAUCAACUCCCAGAUAUUGAUUGACUCAGGAAAAGAUCCGUUUCUGUCCAGAUCCUGUGCAUAUUUGGACCAGGGGUGAGUUUCUCAGAACCUUUGCAAUGCCCAUUCACCCAUUCAAUGCCCACCUGAAACAAACAUUUUAGAGCCUACAAACGUUUGUGUUUGUGUCUGGAUGUAGGACGGUUUCUCUGGGGGAACUUUAAAAACACAUGGAAACGUAAAAAUAUUUAGCAAAGUCUUUCUGAAAAAGCCUAAAACACUGGGGAACCCACACUAGGUCCAUUAUGGAGUCCUGCCAUUUCUGACUAUAUGUACUAUAGCUCCUUGAAUUAGUUUACACCACUAAUCUCACUGAGAACUAGCGAAGCAAGUCCUAAGUUCCUCUUUAACUACACUACAGGUCUUUGUAUUUUAAAACAGCAAAAGAAAUGACUUAUGCAUCAAUUUUCCUGUUCAGGACAGGGUAUAAGUUGAGCGCAGGGGAAAGGUGGGAGGACAAACUAAACCAGGAAAACUAAAAUAAGAAGAAUGUGGACUGGAGAGGAUAGACAUGCUCAGUGGCUUUUGUGUAUCGUAAAUAUGCUGCCCUUUCUUUGCACACUGUGUCCAGUGUGUGUGUGUGUGUGUGUGUGUGUGUGUGUGUGUGUGUGUGUGUGUGUGUUUGUGUGUGUGUGCGCGUGUGCGCGUGCGCGUGCGUGUGUGCGUGUGUGUGUAUGUGUGUGUGUGUGUGUAUGCUCUACUAAACGCAAUCUACCCCUCAUGCUGCACCUCUUGUAUGCUGCACUGUUGUAGCCUGCCAGUAGAUUCAGACAAAAGACACGUGGGGCCCUAAUUCAAAAUGGCGGGCAAGGUGCAAAAGUCUUAAGUGUAACUACAGCUAAUUUGGUAAUUAGGCAACAUCUAUUUGCUAAUUUAGUACUAUGAGCAAGAUCCCAAUAUGGAACAUCAGUGGAUCAGCUCAGUGGUCCCACACGCUACUCGACAGCUUUAGUUCAUUUAUGAGACACCUUUCUCAGUGAGUGACAUUGCUCUUUUUCCGCCAGUUUAGGGCCCAUGCAGUUCAAUCAGACUUCCCAAAAUGAAUGUAAAACACUGAAACGGCUGCAAAAGUAUGCAACAGUAUUCUUUCUGUAAGCCUUACACAGUUUAGAUGCAUUCCUGACCAAAUUCGUGUUCAUCCAAAUAACAUGCUUCAGUGGCACUCAUCUAAUAAUUUUAAGUCAUUUAUAUAUCAGUGAUUGCUUGUAGAGACCUAUUUGAGAAGCUUUAUGAGCAAUAUGUCGUCAUGGUAUAUGUGGUAGUCGUGUUCAUAAUUAACAUACAUACACUCACUUCCAUUGGAGUUGAUGGCUGAUCAAUGGUAAAUGGUCAUUCUUGAGAGUCAUGCAUGAAUUUAAACUUUCACUAAUGAUGCAUUGCCUUAAUUGUAAAUAAAGGAUAACCUGUGUUAUGUAUGCACUAUGAUAAACAAUAUACAGUAUAGCUGAUGUCAUAUACCUAACAAAUGAUUAAUUAUUUAAUAAGGGAUUGACCAAUUACCGUAUGGUGUCAAAAAUGACCUUUUUUGUUAUUAUGAUUAAGGGAUUGGUGUGUUUGUGUCUCUGGUAAGGGUUAAUUUGUUAUGCUGUACGUGAAUGCCAUCACCCAAUAAUGUACUUAAUAUUUUAAAAUACCUUCACAAAAUAUGUCAUCUUUUGUUGUGAACCAAAAAUGAAGAUGAGCUGAAAUGGUAUAGUCCAGUUUUUAGGGUUGUGUGCAUUAUUGACGUAAGAACAGGGGUGUCAGACAGGAAUGUAUGCAACUAAUAGAGCUUGAGAAUGGUUUGCAACCAAAUGUAUUUUUGUGCAAUAUUCUAUGCUGACCAUUUGAACCAUGCUAUCCAAGCCAUUAACCAUUACUUCAUGUUAUUACCCUUUUGCACUCUCAUUCAAUAGUUUGGAAUCUCCUGUUAUAAUACACUUUUUGCGUUAUCUAUUAUUUCAGCUUUGUAGAUCAGAAAACAGAAACUAUUAUAAAGCCAAGGUGACAAUAUUUUCCAUAGCAUUAAUGAACUCAUAGGUUACAUAAUCACUAAAUGAUAUGUCUUAAUCAAAGUACUGUACUUGCUUCUAGAUAUGAUCACCACUUGAAAUCACAUAGUGUUCUGGGUAGAUACUGUUGGGAGAAAUUUUUGGUUUGGUGCUUUUCAAAGUAGACUUUUAAUGUGUCCUUUAAGAGUCUCCUUGAAAUAUGACAGACUUUUAAUAUUGCUUUCUUUAAAUUACUUGAAACCUAUGAGCACUCUCAUCAUAUUAGCAACAUUGGUCAUGCCCAACCAUGAAUUUGUUGCAUUCAAAUACUUGAAAAAGUAUUUGAAUAUAAGUUUGUAUAUUAAUGUGUAUGAAAAAAAUCCAAAUUUAUGACUGGUGAUUCCAAACUUUUGACUGGUUGUGUGGCCAUAAAUGCAGUCCACUGUGAAGACACUGUGGACACCUUGAGUAGGCAAAGACUGACUAAACAUUUUACACCAGCUAAACCUCAGCUGUGUUGUGUACACAGGUCUGUAGUAUUACUGUGAUUAAUUAAUGCGAUUACAGUCAAUCAGUGUUUUAUUAUUUUGAUUUUUAUGAAUUUCAAACUUGAUCAUGCUGUCUGUGAUUCGGAUGCUGUUUAAUUGAAUGUCAGUUUUUCCCAGCAGGUAACAGCGCCCCCUAUAGGAAGUAGAGCAACACAGAGGGGGAAAAAACUAAUGAACAACAUUUAUUUUGUCCUCCACAUUAUUAUUAUUUUUAUUAUUAUUAUUAUUAUUAUUAUUAUUAUUAUUAUUAUUAUUGUGAUAUAGCAAUAAUAGUAAUAAUAAUAAUAUGUUUUUGUUUGUAGUCAAAUAAUUCAAUAAAUAAAUAAUUCAGUCAAAUUAUUUUAUUAGAUAGUAUAAGAAGAUUAUGGAAUGCAAACCAGGUUUGGUUUGGUUUUUGUUUUAUUAUAUUUUAAAAACAAUUACUAAGAACGAUACCACUUUUGCACUGCCCUAUGGUUUGGAGCAAAGGAAUGCAGUCUUUGGUGGUGAAGAUUUAAUUUGUGCCACAAUUGUAUAAGCUUUUGUGAAAUACAAAAACAUUUUCUUUCCUUUUUGUUUGUUCUGUUUUGUAUUUUUGUAAGGACCCAUUGCAUUCAAAAGUCAAAUGGUGAAAAUAUGGAUGUUUUUUUAAGUCACUUAAUUAGUUGUCAAUAAUUUUUUAACCCCAGGAAUAAUUAAAUGGCUCAUAUGCUCACUAAUCUCUGUAUGGGUAUGGUCUAUAAUAUAAUUUAUGUAGUUUUGUUUGCAUAUAUAUUUGUCCUUUAAUAUGAUAAUGUAAUUGUGUACUCCAAUAUACUUAUUCCAACUAACUUUUGUACACUCAAAGCAAACCUAAAUCAAGCUCUAUCAUUUCUCUCAAGCAGUACUUCAUAUUUUAAAAACAUUGCACUCUGAAAUAUUUGGUUAAACUACUGCAUUUCAAGCUAUGCUAUGGUAUUUCAAGCUAUGCCGUUCACUUUUAACCACCUGUUUUCUUUCAAAUUGCAACUUGGACCAUUCAUUUAGUGCAAUGUGUAUGUUUGCACAGUUGAUAACAUUACAUUGUACUGGAAAUUUUUGAACUCCCACACACAGUUUGUCCACAAUUGAAAGUUAAGCAGACUUUACUUUCUGGUCUGACAGGCCAAAUUAAUAAUCUUAUGGUCAGCAAAUGUGCACAUUAGUGAGCAUAUGAUUUUGUCAGCAAACACUACUAUAGCCAUUAUGCUGUAUAACACCACUAAAUCACGGCUUCUUUGUUUUAAGUUCACUACUCAUUUGACAGCUCUUAUUGUCGGCAGUUGGCGUUCAAUGUUUCACUCUCCACUGAAAUCAAACGAAUGCAAUUUGACCUAGUCCCAAGAAUGUGAAUAUGAAAUAAAGCAAGUGAUUGAGGCUGUAGUGGACCAGUGCAGCCUGCCAAAGACCAGCUGUCAGAGUAGGUUACUUGGUUAAUUAACUCAGAAUGAAAACUAGGCACAGAAAACAUAUAAAGACUCACAGAACACCUGAACACAUGUUCCCCUAGGAUUAUGAUCUUACUACUUAAAGUAGACCUGCUAGCAAUAUGGGAUUGAUUUAGCAUGCAUCUGUGCCUUACUGAACCCAAAAAGUAGAAUAUCACUACUGCUUUUGAGUGUAUCAGGAAGUGACUAUUACAAGCCUCCCUUGAGUAAUGUUUUUUCUUUUUCUUUAAAGAAGAGUAUUGAUGACAUUACAUUGUCAGGUGAUAUUUGCUAAGGACCUUUCUGAAUCACGUUGAAGUUUACAAAUCAUUGUCAUCACACGCACAUGUUAAGAACAUGCUAAGACAAGAGCAAAGAGUAUAUAAGCAACGCCUUUGUCCUGAAAGAUUAAUUGUAAAGGUCCUGAAGGAAGCAUCUGAAUGUCCUGUCUCACGUGAAACAAAAUGUCCAUGAUCCCUACACAUUGUUGUCCAUAAAUAGCAAUCUAUUAAUCCCAAAUCAACAAAGAGAUCCAUGUAAUUGUACCAAUCCCAUGCACGCUCAGCAAAGAAUCACAGAUAAUCCUGAGGAAAUAUGUUUUUUAUUUAUUGUUUUUAGAUUUUAUGGUUGUAGCACCUCUACACUAAGCAAAUCAUCGUUCCAAUAAAUUAUUGCAGUUGAUCUUGUGUUUCCCACAUAAUUUUGAUAGAAUGUACAGUACUUCAGGGUGUGCUUUGGGAUUGAUAUAUUCAAAUGUGAGCUAACUUUGUUCAGUAUAUCUAAUAUAUCUAAUGUAUAUGCAUAUGUUAUACAUUGAUUCGUAUCAGGUGUCAAGUCUUGGUUGACACAGGGAUUAACUGUCAUUGUCGGUGUAUUGCGCCCCAACCAGUUCAACCACCACCACUAACACCUGUUCAGACGUGUCCCCACACUGUGUCUGCUGUGUCAAUACUUCCACUACCUCUGCCACACUUCAAGCUCGGAUGAGAAAAAAAAAAAAAAAAACGCUAGACGGGUAUCCCAUGUAUCUCCAGUGAUUCCAGUGUUUUAUCGGUGCAGAUAACAGUAGUUCAAUAAAGAAUCAGUCGUUUCAAACUA